GCAGGAAGGAAGUGGCUGAGCCGGGGAGGCACUCAUUGGUUCAGCCCAGCAGCAGCCCAGCCUCCCACAGCUCCCUGCAGUUAGGAAGCAGGAAAUAAAUGCGUUUCACAGGAGGCUAGAGAAAGUCUUUUGGGACAGGCUGCUCCUCAAAUCAGGAUGCUGCUGCCCAGUGUGUCUGGGUUGGACCGGUCCUCCUUGUUGGCCUCCCCGUGGCAUCUUCUCCUGUUUGGAGCGGCCUCCUGGCUUCUGGCCAGAAUUCUUGCCUGGACCUACUCAUACAGUGAGAACUGCUCCCGCCUCAGAUGCUUCCCCCAGUCCCCUAGGAGGAGCUGGUUUUUAGGUCACCUGGGCAUGAUCCAGAGCAACGAGGAAGGCAUGCAGAAGGUGACCGAGAUGGGCAAGACCUUCCAAGAUGUCCAGCUCCUUUGGCUGGGGCCCAUCAUCCCUGUGCUGAGGCUUGUUGACCCUACAUAUGUUGCCCCGCUGCUCCAUGCCCCAGCUUUGGUGGCCCCCAAGGACAUGACUUUCUUAGGCUUCCUGAAGCCCUGGCUGGGGGAUGGGCUCUUCCUGAGUUCAGGUGACAAAUGGAGCCGCCAUCGUCGUCUGCUGACACCAGCCUUCCACUUUGACAUCCUAAAGCCCUAUGUGAAGAUUUUUAACAAGAGUGUGAACAUCAUGCACGAAAAGUGGAAGUGCCUGGCCUCGGAAGGCAGCGCCCGUCUGGAAAUGUUUGAGAACAUCAGCCUCAUGACCCUGGACAGCCUGCAGAAAUGCCUCUUUGGAUUUGACAGCAACUGUCAGGAGUCUCCCAGUGAAUACAUCGCUACCAUCUUGGAGCUCAGCUCCCUCAUAGUAAAAAGGUCCCAGAAGCUCUUCCUGUAUGUGGACUUCCUGUACUACCUCACUGCUGAUGGGCGGCGCUUCCGCAAGGCCUGUGACCUGGUGCAUGACUUCACGGAUGCUGUCAUCAGGGAGAGACGCCGAACUCUCUCUAGCAAAAGUGUUGAUGAGUUCCUCAAGGCCAAGUCUAAGUCCAAGACUUUGGACUUCAUCGAUGUGCUCUUGUUGGCCAAGGAUGAACAUGGAAAGGAGCUUUCAGACGAGGACAUCAGGGCAGAAGCUGAUACCUUCAUGUUUGGAGGCCAUGACACCACAGCCAGUGGACUCUCCUGGAUCCUGUACAACCUGGCAAGGCACCCGGAAUACCAGGAGCGCUGCCGGCAGGAGGUGCAGGAGCUGCUGAGGGACCGAGAGCUUGAGGAGAUUGAGUGGGACGACCUGGCCCAGCUGCCCUUCCUCACCAUGUGCAUCAAGGAGAGUCUGCGGCUGCAUCCUCCCGUCAUAGACCUCCUUCGCUACUGCACCCAGGACAUUGUGCUGCCUGAUGGCAGGGUCAUCCCCAAAGGGAACAUCUGUAUCAUCAGCAUCUUUGGUAUCCAUCACAAUCCUUCAGUCUGGCCAGACCCUGAGGUCUACGACCCCUUCCGCUUUGACCCAGAAAACCCUCAGAAGAGGUCACCUUUGGCUUUUAUUCCCUUCUCCGCAGGGCCCAGGAACUGCAUAGGACAGACUUUCGCCAUGGCUGAGAUGAAGGUGGCCCUGGCGCUGACACUGCUGCGCUUCCGCAUCCUGCCCGACGACAAGGAGCCCCGCAGGCAGCCGGAGAUCUGCAGGAGCCAGAACUUUCCCUGUUCUUCCUGGAGCCCAUCCACUUCAUUGAUGAAGUAGUCUGUGAAGGGUGACUGUCACUGCCGCCUAUCUGAUGCAAAGAAUGAACCUGUCUCCCAAUGAUGCUGGCAAGAGGAAAAUGUCCAACAUGUCACGUUGCCCACCUUCAGCUUUAUGGGGCAGCUGCUGGCCUUUGAGAAGACACUGGAACUCAGCAGCCAGUACCACAGCCAUGCACCCGGUGAACAGCUCUACCUCUCCACACUCACUACUGCAACCCGAUUCUGAUUCUCACGUUCACGGGAAGCCCGAUGUACCAUUGGGUGCAGCAGUAGGGUCUUUGAGGCCUCCACAGAGCCUGGUGUGUGUGUGUGUGUGUGUGUGUGUGUGUGUGUGUGUGUGUGUGUGUGUGUGGGUUCCCUAGCCUGCUGCCCGACCCAAGAAACCACAGAUAUCACCUGUGUCCAGAGAACCAGGCUAAGCAGUGGCUGAGUUCCCUUGCUGGCCUGUGGGGUGGAACCACAGCAUGGCCACUUGUGGCAGGGUUUCUGGGCGUGGCUUCAGCUUUGGAUACUGUGCCAUAGAAGUGAGCAGUGACUUCAGCUUUCACACAUAUGGCUUGUGGGCCUGGGAGGCUUGUCUCUGUUCUAGGACAUCCCAUUCUGCUGAUGCCGUGGCCAGUCUGGCCAUUUUUAAGUAUGUAUGGACCUGAGGUUUUUUUUUUAAUUUUUUAUGUUCCAAUCCCAGUUCCCUCUCCCUCCUCUCCUUCCACUCCCCUACUCCCCCCCCCCCACCUCCCAUCUGCUCCUCGGAAAGGGUAAGGCCUCCCUUAGGAAGUUAACUAAGUCUGUGUAUGGACUUGAGUUUACUUCUUACUUUGGGCAGAUAAAUCCAAGCUCCCUGAAGCACUGAGAGUCAAUCUCCUGUUGAUUUUUCUAAUUCAAGGCAUUAUUUUUCAGGCUACAUGCAACAGUGGAUUGUAUAAGCCCUUUCAUAAAACCUGAGAGGUGUCAGGGGAGGUUCUUAGUUUCAUUUCUUAUUUCAAAAGUCAGCCAUUGGUGUGUUUUCUUCUUCUUUUUUUUAAUGGAAAAAAGAAAAACCUAUGCACUUGA